AUGGGUCGAUACGAAUAUGGAAUUUUUCUUCUUAGCGAGGAGUCCUCUGGCGACCCCAGUAGCCGGUAUGGCGUAGAUAUCGUGGCCAUACAUGGCCUGAAUGGAGACGCCUAUGCAACAUGGGAGCAUGAGAAUGGGAAUCUGUGGCUUCGAGACAUUCUUCCAAAAGUCCUUCCAGGUUCGCGCAUAUACACCUACAGCUAUCAGUCUGAAGUGGUCUUUAGUGAUUCAAAGGCGAAUUACGAGCAGGUUCAAUGA